GGUACGAGAAUUCAUUGUUCUAUUAAGAAACAACACUUGAAGAGAUACGAGAACCAUCUAUCUGUAGGAAGCUGGAAAUUCAUUGAAGAGUUCAACGUUAGCAAUUCAAUUGGACAAUACAGGACUACCAAACAUUGUUACCGGAUUAGUUUUGUCAAAGACACAAUUGUGUCUAAUUCUGUAACCGUGUCAAACUCUGACUUCUUGGACUUGGUCCGUGAUAUGCGUCUAAGUUGUACCUUAUGGAGAAAUUUUGCUGAUCAAAUCGUCGAAGCCACUUCCAAUAAUGAGACUGAAAAACUAAUUUGUCUCAUUAGAUUUGGAAAAAUUAAGGAGUUCAGAGACAUAAAAAGUGUUUCCAACGCUUUUGAUGCCAGUUUAGUCUUUAUUAACCCGUCUGGAGCACAGAUUGACCAGUUUUUGGAUGCGUGA